AUGAAAAGACAUCAACCCAUUGCCAUUCUCUAUCAAGCCAUUCAACCUCCGACCAUUGAUGGUAUUCUCAAGCCGUGCAAACCAGGUGGGUACAAGGAUUCGGGCGCUGAUAUUGCCUUUAAUUUAUUGGCGGCAAAUCGAACCAUUGUAACACCACAAAGAGGCAUGUUGCAUCUUCAUGAUAUGUUGAUUAGGAUGAUGAGUGUGGAUGAUGCUAAAUUGUGGGAUGAUUUGGAGUGGGUUUUUCCCGAUUCAAAGGAAGGUAUUGAGGAGUGUUUGAAGAAGGGUGCAAAGGUGAUUUGGGCAAAUACUGUAUUGUUUGAGGAGCAUCCGUUGCAUGAUUUGAUCAGAGCUCAACAGAAACAAGUGGAGAGUCAAUGUGAAGUGAGUGAGUGGUGUGGUUUGGAUUUGAGAGGAGUGGAAUUUGUUGGACAACAUCCAAAGUUGGUUCAACAAUUUGAUGACAAGUUUGAUACGAAUCAAAUGUUAAAGAAGGAGAAUUUACCAGUUGCUAAUUCAUUGAUUGUCUCUACGAGGGAAAAGUUGGAAGAAAUGAAAUUACUUGGAUUUUAUAAGGAAGGUAUUAAAAUUUUGGAGGAAUUAUCUGAGGAAUCUUUGAGGGAGAACGGUAUUGAAUUUCCACUCAUUAUUAAACCUGUGAGAGGAAGAGGAAGUGAAGGAGUUGAAAAGGUUGAUAAUUUUGACAGUUUUGUAGAAAAGUCAACUCAAUUAAUCAACCAAACCAUUCAAGUGAAUAACAAACCAGUUCCAAAAUAUGGCUAUUAUUUUAUAGUUGAGGAAUUUUUAAAUGGUGAUGAAUUGACACUGACUGUCAUGCCACCAGGAAAUUAUAUAAUGUACGAUAUUCAAGAAAUGGAAUUUUCAAAUCAUUGGGCUCUUCCACCUGUAAAAAGAUUCAACCAUCAAAAUGGUGUUGCUCCAUACAAUGGUAUUGUGGCAGUUGUAAAUAAUAGUGUAGUAUUGAAGGAUUUUGAUUCAGAUGAAGCCAUCCAAAAGAUAAUUAAAGCAUGUGAAAAAGCUGCUGAGCUUGUUCAAGCUAAGGCUCCAAUUAGAAUUGACUGUCGAUCUCACCAAACUUCAGACUCUGUUGAGUUUAAAAUGUUUGAUUUGAAUAUGAAACCAAACAUGACAGGACCUGGAAGAGAUAAUAGAGACAAUCAAGACAGUUUAUCUGCAAUUGCUGCUAGAGAAAUUGGUUGGAAUUAUCAAGAUUUGUUGCUUAUGAUUUUAAAUCAAUCUUGGCAUUAAAUAGUUUUUAUUAGAAGG